AUCAGCUUCAGCGGUGGAGCCCUCCAAAAACCAAUGAGCUGCUGUAUUGCUGGAGGGUCUGCUUUGGGCGGAAGGGGCUUUGGAGACUGGAGAAGCAAGAUGGGGGUGAAGUUGGAGGUGUUUCGGAUGACGCUCUACCUCACCUUCCCCGUGGCCAUGUUCUGGAUUUCCAACCAGGCCGAGUGGUUUGAGGGCUAUGUCGUAAAGCGCAAGAGGGAGCUGUGGCCACCUGAGAAGGACGGCCAGCGCCAAGAGCUGGAAGAAUUCAAAGAGAGGAUACGGCAGCAGCGGGAGGAGAAGCUCCUUCGAGCUGCCCAGCAGAACUCUUGAGGCCUUAUGUACUCGAGCCCUAGCCCCUUGGCCCACACAAUAAUACAUGUACUCAGUCCUUUGUU